UUCUAGCCCCUCUCAUCCAUCCCUCCAGCCUUCGGGCCGGGCCUACACUGGCCUGGCCUCCUAAACCACAUUUAGUUCACCCACCACACAUUCCACAGUUUUAACGCACCACAUAUACAUUCACUCUUCGAGGUACAGACCACUGAUGGAUUGGGGGGCUUCAUGAUGGGGCAGGCUAUGGGACAGUGGUGUCCUGUAGCCCUCCAUACUGUCCCCCGGCCCAUCCUUAUCUGUCCUCCAAUUUUAAAGCACCACACACACCUACAUCUUCGGGGGACAGAUGGGAACAGGUUCCAGGUGCCUUAAGGCCGCACGGGCUGCAGGACAGCAGUGUGCUGUAGCCUUGCCCCCACCUGUCUCCUAUGUCCCUCAAUUUUAAUGCACCACAUCACAUUUAUGGGCACUCACAUUUACACUCACAGUGUAGGGUUAAUGUUUCUCCGUCAGGGAUCGGAGAAUCAUAGAGGGGGGGUGGUGGGUUUAGACACACUGUAGAUACACAUGGCAUGGCUCGUGGGGCCCGGCCCUCCUGGGCUGAGGGUUGGAGCCAGGGAGCCCAUUUACAUCAUGGUAGGUGUCGCUGGGUUCCCGGUGUCGGGGGGGUCCCGUGGCCCUGUGGCGGGUGGGCCGGGUGGCGCCCUGGGGGCUCUGUGGUUUCCUGCCGGAGUUCUGCCUCCUGACCGGCUGUGGUUUUUGGGCCCUCUGCUAGGGAGUCCCGAUGAGGGAUUGACUGCUCGUGGUGGGCCGCUCUCUUCUGUGUGUUGGUGGUGGACCCUCCUGCCCCGCCCGUCUGGGGUGUGUCUCUGGCUCCCUGGGGGUGCUGGCCAUUGCCACCCCGGGUCCUUGGGCAUGCAUGGUGUCCUGCGGCCUCUGCAGCUCCCUGGGCGUGGGGUCUGGGCGCUCCUGCGGUCUUGGGGUGCCAUAUCCCGCCCGCCUUCCCCCGCAGGGCUGGCCCUAGACCUUGGUGAUGGUUUUCAUAAACACUUCGGGAGGGUUCAAAUACACACAUGCAUGUUCGAUACUUCAGCUCCGUGACGCAUCGCAAAGAACCGAUGAGAUCACUUAAAAGGGGCCCACUUGCUUCUCGAACCUACCACACUGCGCUGGCAACUCUUCUCCACAAUCAGGCUUUCCUCCUCCACCAGGACUCUCACAUUUUUGGUUUUCAGUAGAGACUUCUCUUUUGUUAUUGUUUUUCAGUACAGUAUAGUAGACGUGUAUAUGUUUAUUUUUGAUAAUCUGUAUGGAGCACAACCACCUCAAGGCCACAAUACAUCAGCUACACUGCCUGUUUCUCCUCUGUUUUUUUGUUUGCUUGUUUGUUUGUUUUUUCCUCCUUCUUCUCCGCAUGCACUGUCGCUAUAUAACUCAGGACUUAAGCACCUGCCCCUCAGUCCCCCCUGCUUGUACCUUACUUUCCCCUUGGAACACUUUGGUGUAUCACGGCCCUCUCUGGCUCAUAUUAGGAAGUUUUUCCAAUAAAGGCUGAUAGGCUAGUCUCCAGGGAGGGUGGGUGACGGUCACAACCACACACAGUAUGGGUAUAAAAUACCUGACUGCAAGAUUAACAGUGCAUCAAUCUUCAUAAGAAGCUUACAUCCUGUCGUGGCGCUAAGCUACGAAGACCAAUGCAGACAGGUAGAAAAAAAAAAAAAAAAAGAAAGCGUCUAAAGACUGACUUGUGAGUCUAGGAUUGACCAAGUCAGUGAGGAGAAAAAUGUGGAACAGACACACCCACACACGCAGCCACAGACAGAGUUUUCGUCAUUAUAUAGUGAGAUUAUAGUAUAACUUUUCAAAAACAGUUAUCUUUUAAAUACAAAUAGAAGGCCUCUGAUAGAUGUUUCUAUUUUUUCAUGUAACACCAGUGUGGUGAUGUUUGUAUAGUUUUGUUUGUGUAAAAAAUCCUAAACUUUCCUUUAAUGUUUGCAUUGAACAAUUAUUGAAUAUAGUAUUUCAAAGGAGGAGCAUGGUGCAGAUUUGUAAAGCACAUUAGGAGUUUGCAUUAAAUCAUAUUGGGAUGAUGACUGAUCAGGUUGGAUAUGGCACAGCCAGACAAUGUCUCACUGCGCACCACUGGACACACCUUGUUUUAAACCUCAAAGUGAGAAAUAUUUCAUAGUAAAAUAUUAACUUUAUAUGUUCACCAGUGUUCCAGUGUAGACUACUGAAGGGCGUGAUGAAUACUAAUGCCUAACUUAGAGCCUUAAGUUAAUCAUUUAGACAUUCUGACCUUAUGUCCUGGGUGUUACUAUUAUGCGUAAGUUAUAAAGCUUCAAGACACUUGAUAUUUUGCUCAUGUUUAGACUUGAUGCUUCUUUGAUGAUAGGUCUCCUUUACAAAAAAAUUCCUGAUCUUUCAGGAACAACCAGGCUAAAUAAUUACACAACAUAUAUGAGUCAUUCCUACAGUGUAGAUAAGGACAAAUGUCUGUGUUUGUGUUGUUCAGAUGCUGCUGGUGUACGGGUUCAUUGAGGAGCCGAGGCUGUUGCUGCAUGGCGGAGGUGGAGGUCAGCAUGCACACAUCCGUCCCACAGCAUUGACACGCCAGUUGGCAAAGUCCCAACCAGGACUGCUGGUGGCCGCCAUGGUGGCUUUACAUGAAAACAACAAAGUUCAGCUGGAACAGGCUGAUCACAUAUUCAAGGAGCUGGGCUGUGGGAAUUGCUUACAGGUGGAUUUCUGGGAGGCGAUGCUCAUGGCUUCCUCACAGGACACUGUCAUCCAGGAACUUCUGUUCCGUCUGGCGUCUGUCUACAUCGGCCGACUGGCCAACACCAAAUCAGACACAUACUCCAACAAACCACACACACCCUCAAGACGCAAGUCGCUGAAGAGUGCUGACGAUCUGAUAAACUCAUGCUCUCAUUAUGGUGCUCUGUACCCAUGGCUCACUGUUCUCAAUCCAGCUCACACUACCAGCUCCCAACACCAGGAGGCGCUGUACAAACUGCAGUCCCUCCUGUGUGGUCCGUCCCUGUCUGUGGGCUCCGUCGUGCCCCUGAUGGAGCGUCUGUCAGAGGAAACCUUGUGGGGCUUCAGCCUGCACCUCCUCUGUGCAACCAGAGGGGGGCAGUACGACAGCAGCAUUGAAAAGCUGCUGGAUCGCUGUCCUCAGGCCAUCAUAGCUUACGCCAACCACCAGUUACAAGACAAACAUAUGGCGUUGUGGUGGCAGAAGCUGCUCCCAGAGCUGUGCAACAGGACGAGAGCUGCGACAGAUAACAGCAUUUUACUGGCUGCUCUCAAAGAGACGCUGGUUGUGGUUGCCAUGGAGACAAGCCCCACAGAGUUCCUGGAGCUGAUACCUGACGAUGGCACCGCCUCAUACUUUCUGCCACACCUGUUGACAUGUAGCCAGAGACACCUACUGGCCUGACACACACGCACACACACACACACACACACACACACACACACACACACACACACACACACA